AUGGAGAUGCAAGUCGAGAGCGUCGUGUUUUCUGAGGCUCAAGAAACACAAACAGCCCAGCCACAAACUCUGCGGGAAGCGCCGAACUCUCUUGGAAAGCAUCAAAGCCACACUGAAGAGAUUGCCGGCGCAAACGGCUUCUCCUCAUCCUUGAAUGAAGGAGCGGAGCGCGGAGAGAGAGAGCCGAAUACGGACAGCGACGCGUCUGCAGCCGAUUGCAAGGCGCUUCUGGCGAAGGCGGAAGGCCCGAAAAAGGACGAAAAGGAAACUCAAGCUCAGCUCCACACCUGGCACGCGCCUACGCGGUCUCUUUAUCUGCUGGUUGCAGUGAGAUUCACGGCCCUCGCUGCUUCGCCUUCGUCCGCGUCGCCCGCUGUCUGUACGCGACAAGCCUUCGCGGCUUCGCUGCAAGAGGCACUGGAGCGCCUCUCGGGACGCCUGGGUGCGGAGCUUAUUCUUGCUGAUCUGCUGCACUUUGAGGACAACCUGGGCAUCCUGCGAACCGACACAGAGGGAGCGCCCUCGCUUCUUCUCGCUCUGCACCAAAUUGCCGCGAUUGGUGGCUCGCCGUGUCACUGCGUUCUGCUGCGAACCUCCAGCGUGCUGGGAGCCCUCGCAGUUCCGCGACGGCCUGCGGCGUCUCUCGUGCUUGUCUGA